UGGAACGAGCUUACGGUACGGGAGAAGUGGGAGGCCAAGCCAAACCUGCGGGCUCGAGAGGUAAUCGCUAAGAAUCCCGUCCGAGCAAAAGCGGCGAUUGAAAACGAAAUCAAGGAGCCUGAGUAUGCACUCCGUGACGCCGAGAUCCGCGAUGGCUUGUGGCAGAUUAUGGAUCAGAUGGAGAGAUUCGCCCUGGCUUUCUUCCAGUUCGAGCACCUUUCUGAGGACGGCGUUCUGCCGACCAGAUGGUACAAGGAUCUGACACCGCAGACUGCCAAAAUCAUUGGUUGUGUGGCGUCUGGUGGUCCGGCUGGUGUUCACGGAUGGCACGACUUGUUCAUCGAUGAGCAGAAGCGACGCGCGCUCGUAUGUGCCAUCAUCGGCAACGUGCUCGUCGAGCAGGUCUUCCAACAUAUCCUCUUUGGAGGCAGGGCUGCCGAGAUAAAGGCCGUUGCUGCUUUGCAAGAGAAGCAUCGCAAUGAAGAUGGUGAGCUUCCCUGGCAUUAUGGCACCGCUAUUAAGAAGCUCCUCAAAGGGAACAAAGCAACUGACGUUCUCGAGUUGCCCGCCAACUUCAGCAACCACGUCAACCGCAUCGUGGGCGCAGUGUGGACGCAUCUGUCACCAAUCUUUUAUCUCAACCUUGAAAAUCUUUCCACCCCAGGUGAAACCGAGAUCCCUGAAGACGUGUUCAACCCGCUCCACAAGAUCAUCGCUCAAGCCGGCGUGCUCAGCCUCCACAUGCGGCUCGACCCACACACGGUAUACUACUUCGAGCCCAUCUUCAAGGAAGACACCUUUACUGCCAACCGCAUGGAAUGCUUCAACUUCCGCAACAUGCAGCAGCGCCAUCCCCGCUGCACGCCGGAGGAGGUCCUCAAACUAGACGAAGAGGAGCAAGAGCGUAGGGCCACCCUGUUGGAUGCCGAGAAGAAGCGAGCAAGGAACGAUGAGCCCCUCACUCAAAUCACCAUCAUGGACGGCGUCUGUGCCUACCGCCUAGGCGGCUGGGAGAAGGUGAGUAGCAAAGCAUCGCAGCCCGAGUAUGAGAAGCCAGAGUACAAGACGCAGGGUGUUCGGGCUCGCAUUCUCACGCACGGGUGGGUGUACUGUCGCUGGGGCCGCGCGCGUCGCUUCAAGGAGGGUAAGCCCAACGAUGGUGGUGAAAAGGUCCAUGGUGAUGCUUGGAAGGGCGGGUUCGUUGAGUUUACGGAUGUGAAGGGCGUGUAUCCUUGGCUUGAGGAGGAGAGGAAGGCGAGGAAG